AUGUUGUCCUCCUCGAUAUCGACUCCGUUCAGCGUUCGCGACAUCCUCAACGAAGAUCAGCAGCUCGGCGUCAUGGAUUGUUACCCGCACCACCAGAAUCAGGCUCAGCAACAGCAUCAGGAUUACUUCCCGUACAACGUGAUGCCUGAAAACAAUUGGGAAAUUGACAAAUUUAAGGAUCAGUCGAUGCCCAGCUACCAGCAUUACUCGGAUCUCAAUCACGUUCAUCAGCUGAGUCAGGUGGUGCCGCCUUACCAGGAGACUUCUCUCACGGAGGACGGUAACAUCGUUACAUCCAGCAAGACGGAGCUGCGCAAAAGCCAAUCUAGCAAAAAGACAAAACGGAAGCCCAGAGUGUUGUUUUCGCAAACGCAGGUUUACGAGCUGGAGCAGCGAUUCAAGCAGCAGAGAUACCUGAGCGCACCCGAGAGGGAAAUGCUGGCUCAGAGCCUGAAGCUGACCAGCACGCAGGUGAAGAUCUGGUUCCAGAAUCGCCGGUACAAGAACAAACGCGCCCGGAUCGAGGAUGCCGAGAAGCUGCAGGCGCAGAACAUGAAGAACCACCCCCUGAAGAAGAUUGCCGUGCCGAUCCUCAUCAAGGACGGCAAACCCAACGUGCAGGAGGCUUACAACGGCCCCUAUUGGCCGAACAUCCGGGGAACAUCGGACUUGGCCAUUUCGAUGCAGACGGACUUCAGGACGAACGAGAUCCGCCUCAGUCCCGACUUCAGGUCGAACUCAACGACGAACGAGAUGCGCAUCGACUCCAGCAUCAGUCCGGAAUACAAGUCAGAGCUGAACUCGGAAAUGGCCGGCAGGUCGAGUCUGAACGAUAUAUCGGAUAACAGGCAGCACGUCCUCGGCGCGGAGUACAGAGGCAACUUCGCGACGGAAGCAUCGUCGAGCGUGCACGACUGCAAUCGACUGGUCAAGACAGAAUACAAGACAUGCGGCAACGAGGCUGUGCCCUUUCCAGAGUUGAAGGGUGUUCCGUCUGACAACAACAAGCAGCUCGUCACCGAUAGGCGAAUGCCCAUGGAUGUCUCGAACGGCGAAUACAGCUUCUCGAGUUACCUCGGCCCGCCUAAUUACCAGAUGCAGUAUGUAAAUUAUAUGGAACAGGUGCCCAUGGACCAGAAUCUGCAGCGACUGUGGUAG